AUGUGGCCAUCGUUACUUCGUAAAGCUAAGGCGGGUGGGAUAAACAUUAUUGAAACAUAUGUCUUCUGGAACUUACACGAGCCGGUGCGUGGAACUUACGAUUUUACUACCGACUCGGCCAACUUGCCCUACUUUAUCCAGCUAUGUAAAGAACUCGACCUCUAUGUAUGCCUGCGAAUUGGACCCUAUGUUUGUGCCGAAUGGAAUUUCGGUGGAUUCCCUGUCUGGUUAAAACAUUUGCCAGGUGUAGAAUUGCGCACAAAUAAUGAGGUUUACUUACGCGAAAUGAAGCGGUUUACGAGUAAAGUUGUAGAUAUUGUGCGCCCGUUCCUGCCCGAUAAGGCCGGUCCGGUGAUUCUUCUGCAGAUCGAGAAUGAAUAUUCCAGUAUAUCAGAUGCUUAUGGCGAGGAGGGUGUAAAGUACACGGAAGAAUGUGGCCGUUUCGUGAAUGAAUUGAAUCUCUCGGCGUUAUGGUUUAUGUGUCGUCAGCCCUAUAAUGUGCCGGGUAUAAUUAAUACCUUAAAUGAUUUCUACUGUCAUCCCUUUAUUGAUGACCAUCGUAAAAAUUUUCCUACUGCUCCGGCGAUGUGGACCGAGCAUUGGCCCGGCUGGUUUCGAUGGUUUGGCCAUGCCAAACCAACUCGGCCGACUGAGGAUGUGGUUUAUGCGGUAACCUACUGGUUCGCCAAAGGUGGUUGCUUUCAUGCAUACUACAUGUAUCAUGGGGGUACAAACUUUGGCCGCUGGGCCGGGGGACCAUACAUUACUACAUCAUAUGAUUACGAUGUCAUGUUAGAUGAGUAUGGACUAGAACGUUAUCCUAAGUAUCAUCACACAAAACGACUUCACGACAUUCUUUUUCAAUUCGAAGAUGU